AUGGCGCAGGGCCGCGGGCCGGGCCACGGGCCGUGCUGCUGCUGCUGCGGGGCGGCGGCGGCGGCGGGCGGCGGCGCGGCCUGGGGGCUCUAUCUGCGCAUCGACCGGCAGCGGCUGCAGUGCCUCAACGAGCGGCGCGAGGGCAGCGGCGCCCUCGUCUUCCGCGCCUGGGAGGAGCGCGGCGACCGGGCGCAGUUCGUGGAAAGCGACGACGACGAGGAGCUGCUGUUCAACGUGCCGUUUACGGGUAACGUGAAAUUAAAAGGAGUCAUUGUAAUGGGCGCAGACGAUGGUACACAUCCCGCAGAGAUGAGACUCUUCAAGAACAUUCCUCACAUGUCUUUUGAUGAUGCAGCCAGGGAACCAGAUCAGAUGUUCAGCCUGAACCGGGAUCUCACGGGAGAACUGGAGUACCCCACCAAAAUUGCCCGUUUCUCAAAUGUUAACCAUCUCUCAAUGCACUUCCCAAAGAACUUCGGAGCUGAGACAACAAAGAUUUUCUAUAUAGGCCUGAAAGGAGAGUGGACAGAGGCUCAUCGCUAUGAAGUGACUAUCUGCAACUAUGAAGCAUCAGCAAACCCAGCUGAUCACAAGUUGGAUCAGAUCACUCCACAGACUCACUUCAUUUCCUAACAGUGCUGUUGGGAUUAUCACAAAGGCUGUGGUGUAAAUGCAUGGAAUUGAUGGACCGGCUGGGAAGGAACUGGAUUCCUGAAGCACUGGAGAGCGGUGGAAUACUUUUUUUUUGGUCUUUGCCUUGGAAGUAGAGUGCCAAAUGUAUGAAAUGCCUGUAUGAAGCUGGGUGAUUGCUAAGAGCAAUGGCUUGGUGGGUCCAUCACAAUGUAGUAGAUCUGGCCUCCAAGCAGAAGAUGUGUUCUUUAGGCAGUGAAAAAAAACAGUGUCCAGUAUCGUUUACUUCUCUAACUGCCAAUAAAACUCAUUCUGAGGUUUAGAA